AUGUCAUCCCCUGUUAGGCCCCGGCGCACAACCAGGCGCACCGCCAUUAUCGAUUCCGACGAUGAGGACGAUGUUUCCAACCGCACCAGAAACCCAGACGAAGAGGAGGACUUCGAGCCUGAACAGAAGCCAGCUCCUCGACGACAGACUCGCAGCGGACGCAAGUCAACAACCCCUGCUCCUACUCCUGCUGCAGCCCCUAAAGCACGAGGCCGUCCGAAAAAGGCUGCUGCUCCCUCCGCCUCUGCCGAGUCAAGUGAGAUUUUCGACGCCGACACAACAGUUAAGACCGAGUAUGAGUCCCCGGCAAAAUCCACCCCUCGCCAGCGCAAGAGCGUAGCUCGAAGCUCCAUUGCUUCAGUUCCCGAGCUUGCCCCUCCAACACCCCAGCCAAAGUCUCCAAAGUCUCCAAAGGUUCCAGAGUCUUCUCAAAAGCCAACUGCGGCUGUAUUGGCCGAUAUAACUGAUGCAAGUAUGAAUACAUCCGGUGUCGACGAAACCCAAGCGACUAUCAAGCCGAUCAAGCCUAUGGACACCAUCAUGGAGAGACCUAUGGAUAUUGUGCUUAAAUCACGAACGAUGGCUAUACCCGUUGUCGAAGAUACAACACCCAAGUCUCGAAUCGUUCUGACACAUCUCGUACUCAACAACUUCAAGAGUUACGCUGGCAGACAGGAAGUCGGCCCCUUCCACGCAUCCUUCUCGUCCGUUGUAGGGCCCAACGGUUCUGGCAAGUCGAACGUUAUCGACUCGCUGCUCUUCGUAUUUGGUUUCAGAGCUAGUAAGAUGCGACAGGGCAAGAUUUCUGCUCUCAUUCACAACUCAGCUCAGCAUCCAAACUUGGACCAUUGCGAGGUUGCAGUCUAUUUUCAGGAGGUUAUGGACCAGCCUGGCGGUGGUCAUGAAAUCAUCCCUAAAUCUGAGCUUGUUAUCUCCCGAAAAGCCUUCAAGAACAACUCGAGCAAAUACUACAUCAACGGAAAAGAAUCCAACUUCACAACAGUUACAACUCUGCUUCGCGAUCGGGGCGUCGAUCUUGACCACAAGCGAUUCCUGAUUCUUCAGGGCGAGGUUGAGUCCAUUGCUCAGAUGAAGGCCAAGGCCGGAAACGAGCACGAAGACGGUCUGCUAGAAUAUCUGGAAGAUAUCAUCGGAACCUCUAAAUACAAGGCCCCGAUUGAAGAAUCCGCCACUGAGGUGGAAACUCUCAACGAUAUUUGCAUGGAAAAGAGCGGCCGAGUUCAGCAUGUUGAGAAGGAAAAGAAUAGUCUCGAAGACAAGAAGGACAAGGCGAUCGCUUUCAUCCGUGACGAAAAUGAGCUGGCUCUGAAGCAAUCUGCUCUCUACCAGUUGUUCAUUCACAAGUGUAGUGAGAACGUUGACGUCACAGAGGAGGCCAUUGCCCAGAUGCAAGCACAAUUGGACCUUGAGCUUGAGAAGCACCACGGAGGUGAGCAGAUCAUCAAGACCCUUGAGAAGGAGUAUGCCACAGGUGCCAAGGAGUUUGAGGCGCAAGAGAAGUCAACACAAGCUUUGGUCAAGGAGAUGGCCAAAUUUGAGCAGGAGCGCGUGAAAUUCGACGAAAAGCGCAAGUUCUUGGACGACAAGCGUAAGAAGCUCGAGAAGACCAUCGCCAACGCCGAAACGACUUCUGCUGAAGCCGACGAGACCAUCGAACAGUGUGGAGAGGAGAUUGAGACCCGAACUCAGGAGAUUGCAGAGCUCGAGGAACAGGUCCAGACUGCCGAAGCUGAGCUCACCAAGAUCAGAGAUAGCCUCAAGGGCAAGACUCAAGCCUUCUCUGACCAGAUUGCUGCCAAGCAAAAGUCCCUCGAGCCAUGGAAUGAGAAGAUCAACCAAAAACAAUCCGCAGUCGCAGUCGCUGAGAGUGAACUUAACAUUCUCCAAGAGAAGGCCAAUGCUGGUGCUGUGGCCCUGGAGGAGCUUGAGACCAAGAUCGCCUCCAUCGAGGAAGGAAAAUCUGCGAAACGGAAGGAGCUCAAGUCUUGCCAGGCUGAAAAGGCUGAACUUCUCAGUGAGGCUGACAAGAUGAAGUCGGAACUCGAGGUGCUCGCUGGACAAGAGCCCAAGAUUCGCUCAAAGAUCUCAAACGCACGCCAAAAGGCCGACGAGGCUCGCUCAAGUUUGUCUAACACACAAGCCAGAGGAAACGUGCUUUCUGCUUUGAUGCGCAUGAAGGAGUCUGGUCGAAUUGAUGGUUUCCACGGCCGUCUGGGCAACCUUGGUACGAUUGAUCAGAAGUACGAUGUAGCCAUCUCGACAGCGUGUGGUUCCCUAGACAACUUUGUUACUGCGACUGUCGAAGCUGGUCAGCAGUGCAUCGAGUAUCUUCGAAAGAACAAUGUUGGACGAGGUAACUUUAUCUGCUUGGACAAGCUCAGGAGUCGAGACAUGUCACCAAUCAAGACUCCGGAGAACGCCCCUCGAUUAUUCGACCUCGUCACCGCACAGGACGACAAAUUCCGAUCCGCCUUUUACCACGCCAUGCAAGAUACUCUUGUCGCCUCCGACCUCGCUCAAGCCAACAGAAUUGCAUACGGCGCUAAGCGAUGGCGAGUCGUCACCCUUGACGGUGAGCUCAUUGACAAGUCUGGUACUAUGUCUGGUGGUGGUACAACCGUCAAGAGAGGCCUCAUGUCUUCUAAGCUUGUCUCGGAUGUCAGCAAGGAGCAGGUCGCGAAGUUCGAGACCGACCGUGAUGGCUGGGAGGCCAAGUUCCAGGAAUUCCAAGAGUACCAGCGGGAGUGUGAGACUCGCCUGAAGGAGUUGAAUGAGCAGAUUCCUCAGCUUGACACCAAGAUGCAGAAGAUUGGCCUAGAGAUUGAGAGUGCGGAGAGGAACAUUGCUGACAUGCAACGACGCAUCAAGGAACUUAGCAAGGAGCAUCAACCUUCAGCAACUGACAAUAGCCGCAUUGCUGCUCUUCAGAAGGAGAUCGCCAAAUACAACAGGGAGGUCGAGAAGCUCCGCGAAGAGACGUCCAGCGUAGAGGAUGAGAUCAAGGCUCUGCAAGACAAGAUCAUGGAAGUGGGAGGUGAGAAGCUUCGUGCACAAAGGGCCAAGGUUGAUUCCAUCAAAGAGGAAAUCGCUUCCAACAACGAGGAAAUCUCCAACAACGAGGUCCGCAAGGUCAAAGCAGAGAAGCAGAAGAUCAAGCUCGAGAAGGACCAUGCCAAGUCAUCCAAGGAGCUGACAACUGCUUCGCGGGAUCUUGAGAAGCUUGAAAACGACAUCAACAACCAAGGCGAGACAGCUGAGGAGCUUCAAGCUCAAGUCGAGGAAGCUCAAGAAGGGCUGGCCUCCAAGAAGAAGGAGCUCAGGGCACUUAAGGGUGAGCUCGAUGAGAAGGCAGCAGAACUCAACGAGACAAGGGCGGUCGAAAUCGAGAUGCGCAACAAACUCGAAGAAAACCAGAAGGCCCUUACUGAGAACCAAGCUCGACUCCGUCAUUGGAACGACAAGUUGUCCAAGAUUGUUCUGCAGAACAUCGACGACCUUAUUGGAGCUUCAUCCAGCAGCCAACCAAAGCCCCAGUCGCAACCCAAGUCUGAAGCAGGUGAUGAUGGAGAUAUCGACAUGGAGGAUGCUCCUCAAGACGAUGUAGACAUGACAGAUGCUCCUGAGGAAGAUGGGGAGGAAGAGGACGAGGAAGCAGAAGGAGAUACAACCAGCGCACAGCCCAACGAGAUACCAAGAUAUACACCUGAUGAGCUUGCCGACAUGAAUGAGAGAACACUCAAGGGCGAGAUCGCAGCUCUAGAGGAGAAGACUCAAAACGUCAACGUUGACCUCGGCGUCCUUUCCGAGUACCGAAGGAGAGUGGAGGAGCACUUGGCUCGAUCUUCAGAUCUCCAGACUGCCAUCGAACAGCGAGAUUCUGCUAAGAAGCGAUGCGACGACCUACGCCGUCUACGAUUGGAAGGCUUUAUGGAAGGCUUCAGUGCCAUCUCCCUCCGACUCAAGGAGAUGUAUCAAAUGAUCACUAUGGGAGGAAACGCAGAACUAGAACUUGUCGACAGUCUGGAUCCCUUCAGCGAAGGCAUCUUGUUCAGUGUCAUGCCACCAAAGAAGAGUUGGAAGAACAUCAGCAACCUUUCUGGUGGUGAAAAGACGCUGAGCAGCCUGGCUCUCGUUUUCGCCUUGCACCACUACAAGCCGACUCCUCUGUAUGUCAUGGACGAGAUCGAUGCCGCGUUGGAUUUCAGAAACGUAAGUACCACCCUCGCCCUAAGACACUCGGCUGCGAUUCGACCACCAGUGUUCACUCUCGCGUGGGCAUUCCACAUCGAACCCUUCAUCGUCUCGAUCGUUGCCAACUACAUCAAGGAGCGCACCAAGAACGCCCAGUUCAUCGUCAUCUCGCUGCGCAACAACAUGUUUGAGCUCGCGGCGCGGCUGGUUGGCGUGUACAAGGUCAAUCAUAUGACCAAGAGUGUGACGAUUGAGAACAAGGACUUUAUCGUGAGACCGCAAGGGCAACAGCAGCAGCAGAAGACCCAGACGGCCCCUCGCCAAUUCCUCCUCCGUGAUCAAGCCAUCAUCACCCGUCAACCACAGGUCAACAAGACUCAACCUGAAGCCGUCCUCCCAAGACCGCCACUUGUAUCACACUCGCGUCCCACGAUCCAAGAACCCCCAGCUCCCGUGUCACUGAGCGCGUCUAGACCUGGACCUGGGACAUUAAGGAUCGCUCGUUUCUGGUCCAGUUUCUCGCGAGUCCAUGGUGUCUCUUUGACACGAUGCAGAUACCCGGCUCGAUUUGGCAGAUGCGCAUGCUGUGGGACGUCAGAAGUGCCGAUUUUUCUCGGCUCUGCAUGUGAGUCUUGGAUGUCAGGGAUGUCGUGUCUCGGCAGAUUCUGCUCUGUCUUUGGUGUUGGAACCAGUCUCGAGCAUCCGUUCAGAUUCUGGGGUCUUCAGAGAAUGGGCGGCCUCGUGUAUGGUCUUUCUUGCGAGGCCUACGAUGAAGAAGACCUGGCCUCGUAA